AUCAGAAGGAAACGCCAGCGAGGCAUCAAAAUUCCCUUAUUGGGAGGCGCCGUGAACGCACCCUUGUUGUUCGGAACCGAAAAGACCCGUCUGCUGUGAAGCUAAUUCGGACAGAACGUCGUGACGUGCAAGUGCUUUCCGCAUUCCAGCCAGCGUCAUCACCGUCGUGAGUUUGACACUGCGAGCAUUCACACGGGAACCCAACCGAGAGCAACGCAUCUUGCACCGGGUCCCAACGCUGUGGAUGAUCAUGCGCCACUUGUGGUUUAAUCUAAAUUAACCAGCCGCGGAGGAAGAAGAGGAAACAGCCCUUGAAAGUGAAUCAACAUGGCCGUGUUCAAGCCUGAGAAUGUGGAGGACUUCUACGAGAUCGAGGAAGUACUGGGGAGCGGACAUUUCGGUGAAGUCCGCCGGGUCCGCGAGUUGGCCACGGGCACGUACUGGGCAGGCAAGUUUGUGAAGCUGCGCAAAACCACGUGUAGCCUUCUGGGCCUGGAACGAAGAUGCGUGGAGCAGGAAGUGGAGGUCCUACGGUCCCUGCAGCACCCCAACAUUAUCACCUUAAAGGAUGUCUUUGAUAGUCGCUCGGAGGUGGUGCUCAUCUUGGAAAUUGUGAGCGGCGGCGAGCUGUUUGACUUCAUCGCCGAGAAGGAGAUGGUGACAGAGGACGAGGCCAUCGAGUUCAUGAAGCAGAUCCUGGACGGGCUGGCCUUCAUGCACAGCAAGAACAUCGGCCAUUUUGACCUUAAGCCAGAAAACAUCAUGCUGUCGGAUAAAGAAUCGCCGCAUCCCGACAUCAAACUUAUUGACUUUGGCCUCGCCCACCACUUUGCCCCCGGGGAGGAGUACAAGAGCACCAGUGGCACCCCUCAGUACAUCGCCCCGGAGGUGAUCAACAGCGAACCCCUAGGCACGGCGGCCGAUAUGUGGAGCAUCGGCGUCAUUACGUACAUACUCUUGAGCGGCAUGUCACCCUUCCAGGGCCACACGGAUGAAGACACGCUGAGGAACGUCCUGGCUGUGAACUACGAGUUUGACACGCAUUGGUUCAGCACCACCAGCUGCACAGCCAAAGAGUUCAUUCAGAAACUCCUGGUCAAAAAUACCAGUGACAGAAUGACGGCCGAGGAGUGUCUCCUUCACCCGUGGAUCAAGGUUAGACCCCUGACGCGGCAACAGAAAGCGAAGAGGAGUCGAUCAUCCAUAAACAUGAAGAACUUCAAGAAAUUCAACGCCAGAAGGAAGUGGAAGAUGUCCUACAACAUGGUUUGGAUCUGCAACCGUCUGGUCCGCUUAAAACUGUUGUGUAAAGGCACAUCUGACGUACCUGAGAGACAGUGUGAAAGUGACACAGAAGACACAGAGAGCAAACCUGCAUCGUUGCUACGAAGACGACUCAGUAGCAGUUCAUAGAAUCGGCCACAAGAGGGCAGCGGUGAACCUAAGGAGAGACUUUUUACUUGGCAAUCUGCUGCAUUCUCAAUGUGGAUGUAGCAUAAGAUCAAGAAAUGUUGUAUGGAAAGGUAUUUGAGCAUUUCAUUUCAUAUCCAUGAGGCACACUAACUAUGCAUGCAAAUACAAUGGCAAAAUGCUUAAAAUGUCGUCCUGUCAUAGGAAAUGUGAGUGGAAAAAACAGCAGCAUGAAAACUUUGUUUUUCCCUGCAUUUUAUGCCCUCCAAAAGCUCAAUGUUAACUUUCCAUUUCCAAAACAUUCCUACCUCAACAUUUUAAUCCCCCAUAAGAAAGAAAUAAUUAUUAAUUGUUUAAACUGUACAGGCUAUGCUUGGUCAUGUUUUAGCUUUUAUCCACGGUGUGUUAUCUCCUUCAUGAAAUUAGAAAAUAAUACAACUCACCAAACAACUUGCUUAUUUUGGGCUGGUCUAGAUCAUUGAAGGAAAUCUGCUCCAUCCCCAGAUAUUUUUGUCCACUUGUAAAUAUGAAACGCUGAAAAGCAAGACCUUCCUCUAAUUUUUAAUAGAGUUACAAAGACUUACAAAGAAAAGAUUUGACAGGGACCAAAAUGAAAGUUUUGGGUUGGAUUUUGCAAAACUGAGGAUAAAGCGGUUCAGAAAAUGGAUGAAGGUUGUGAAAGUGCGAGAAACGUCGUGGAAGAGGAAGAAGAAGCGGAGGGGAGUAAGGCUUCCUGGGUGUUUAGCUAGAAAACACACAAAAAAAAAAUAUAGUAUAUUUUUAAAAAGUCUCCAAUAACUUCAGAUAAAAAGUCUUGCGUGUCUUACAUGGAGGUCAUGUCAUUGAGCGCGUGGUCCAGUUCCUCGCUGAUGGCUUUGUACUUGAGUUUCUGCGCGUACAGCUCGUCUGGGGAAAGGCAACACAACAAUUAGCGGUGAGGAAGGUAAAAGCUUCAUUUGUCUUUAUAUACAGGUGAAGUUUUAAAAAAUAUAUUUGAAAAUGUCAUCCAAGUAAAAAAAAAUGUUGAACCUCUGUACAAUAAAACAAAGUAAAACAA